AUGCGGUCGCCAGCUGGAGUCUUUCACGCCAGUUGCAUCCACACUUCAGUCUUGGCUGGCGUCUCAGUGGAAACUCCCAUCCCCGAUGCUCAUCAGCCCAACAAGUCGGUGCGGGUGCACUUUAUGAACCGAACCAAGAGGCUCUACGGCUCUGUGGCCAAAAAACAAGGAGCCAUGGCGAGUAUCGGAUCCUCCUCCCUAGGGGAGCUUUAUUCCAAAUGUGUGCAGAUGGUCAAUGAGAACAAGAUCUCAACGAAAAACGCCUUCGAAUUGCCACUCAUUGAGCACAUGGAUGACAUCGUGGAUUCCUUCAUGGGUGGCAAAAAGGCUCCCAAGAAAGAGAAGGAAAAGGUGCGAAAAUCGAGCGCCACUGCGGAAGAAGCAGAAAUGGAAAGCAGAUUUCACGAGGCCAGCUGCACGAUCGAAGCCUCUGCCCGGAUCUAUGCCUGUCGUGUGGAUUGUGUGCACACCGACACCUACCGCGUCCUCGGCGGGUUGAACUCUGCGGAUGUGGCGAAUGAAGAGGAUGGACCACCAGGAGAAGAUGGAAAGCCAGUGAAGAAGCGAAGGAUUUGUGGUGUGAACACCCUGGAGAAGAAUGAGGCAAAUUUGGUCCAGCAGAACAUCGAGGCUGACGAGCAAAGUGAUCCAAUGUUCCGCCGCAUGGCUGCCGCCUUCGAUGCUGGUGGGGCCAAAGGCCUUCUGCUGAGCCAUUUGCCGCUGGCUGAGGACAUGUCCCUGGUCUUCAAUGGUGACGUAAAGCUUUCGAAAGCUCAAAGUUCUGCAGAGUCCAUCUUCAAAGUUUCGACCUCAUCCAUCUCAGCGGACUCUAUUGGCCUGGGAGAGCCAGCUACCGCUACAAGCAAAAUCGAGGAAUCGAGGCUGUGUCCGGAAUUGGAUAGCUUUCGACGCCAGCUUUGGGGUGAUAGUUCCUUCACAAUGCCAAAAGCAUUGGAAGACUUGCUGGGCGUCGCAGUCCUUUCUGGUCCUGGAACAUCUGAAGCCUUGGCAGCUUGUACUCAACCACAAGCUGCAGUGAUGGAGAAUGAGGACUUCGCUCCACCAGACAUGGCUGAUGGCAUGGCUGAGUUCAGUGAUGCGGCUGACGUGGCUGACGUGGGCAGUGGAGCCAGCGCUAUGGCAGCCAGCCCGCCCAAAGGAAGGGAAAAGCCACUUCCUUUGGUGGACAUGUCGGCGUCGCAAGUUCUGGCAGCUCCUGCCAGUAGCAAGGAUGAUGUGGUGGCUUUUGACGAGCUCUUCGAGAAGUUUUGUGGCGCGGGCGGUUCCAAUCAGUUCGCCUACUUUGACGAGUGCUGGUCAAAGCUGGCACGGGACAAAGGGAAGACCUCAGGUGCCUUGGCAGAUGCCGAAGGCGCUCUUGCAGAGGUCAAGGAGCCGAAGGAGCGGCAAUCCAAGCGACCCCUGUUUGACCUCACCAACUUGGACAAAGCGGCCAAGCCGAUCGAGACGGAAGCGGUCGGAAAGCAUCAGAUGAAUGAAAAGGCGAGCCAAUGGCAACUCAGGAAGGAUGUGCCUCCCUACAUGAUUGAUCGCAUCACUAUGCCGAGCUGGCAAACCUGGUCCAAGGUGGACUUCGCAUGUUUGGGACUUCGCCCACAUCUGAUGCUGAAGUUGGUGCGGAAACCACCUCCACCUACUGAAGGGCCGCAUGGCUUCUCUGAGCUCUUCUCUACGGUGGUGGUGGAGAAUAACGAGGCCUUUCCAUGGUUGGCCUCUGAAAAGUCCACUCGAAGGGAGGAGGAUAUGGAGGAGCUGGGAGAGGAUGAUGGUGGACUCCCAGCCCACCUCGAAGUGGAUCCUCAGGAGCUCUUCCUGGGACCCGAUGACAAGGUCCUGCCGGGUGCAGACGAGGGACUUGGUGAUGUUGACAUGGACGACCUCGCAGGCUCUUUCAUGGCCAGUGGAUUGGAUUUCGAACUUGCUGAGAAGCCAACCUCAGCAGAGAAUGUGGACAUCGGAUAUAGCCGCAACUCCAAGUUUGUGGAUGUGAAGUUGGUGAAGAAACAUCUCUGGGGAUGUCUGGAGAAAGACCUGGCAUCUUUGAAGGAGUCGAAGGCGAGCCAGGCGACCCACAGCUUUCAGGACUUGGUCUCCAGGACUGUCAGUGCCAUGCCCAAAGGUGACUGCGAAAAUCUCAGUGCUGCAGUAUGCUUCAUUUGUGCUUUGCAUCUUUGCAAUGAAAAGAACUUGGAGCUGAAGACGGAUCCUGCCAAUCCGUUGGGUGACUUUGCCAUUGGCUUAUUGACACUAUGCCUGAAGCCCGAGAUGCUUUGGGGUCAGCGUUUCUUCAGGCAUGUGGUACCCUUUGGUACGGCUGAUGACGUCAUGGAGUCAUGGCAUAAGAUCAGCUCGCUACACUGCGAGGACGUCUUGCAUUGGAGUGAAGAUUUCCCGGCGACGACGCCUUUCCCAAUUCCGCAGAAGGGGUGUGUGGUGCCGAUUUGCGCAGCUCCACCCUUGUUCACCCAGGACGCUCCUGAGAUGAUCGAUGCAGAUGUUUGUCCCACGAGUCUUUAUCACACGCCGAAGUCUUGCGCAUGCACCUUGCUGAGUUGCAACAACGCUAAGGAAGUCACAAGGUGGCACGCCAACUUCGCGCAACGGGGGAGCCAUGGCCCAGGUUGGGAAAAUCCAGAUUCUUCCAUGAAUAUCAUGGUGCAUAUUUGGGAGUUCACAAUUUUGCCGGCGCUGGGAGAGGAAUCCUCGGUGGAAUUCCUUG